AUGCGGCUCCUUCGCACGAAAGACCUCCGAUUUGAGGAGUAUUUUGGGAAGCCUACUCCGCCAUACGCCAUCCUUUCCCAUACCUGGUACCCUGAUCAUGAGGAAGUCACCUAUCGAGAGAUGUGCGUAGGAAAAGGAACGAAAAAGCUUGGAUACGACAAAGUCCGAAAGUGCGGACAGAUUGCAGCCGGGAACGGCCUCAAGUACUUCUGGGUCGACACAUGCUGCAUUGACAAGUCCAACAAUGUGGAGCUUACUGAGUCGAUACGGUCGAUGUUCGAAUGGUACAGAAAAGCCAGAGUUUGCUACGCCUACCUUUCCGACGUGUCGGCCUUGUCGUUCCGACCCACGGUAUCGUGCUUCAAGGCAAUCAAGUGGUUCACGCGAGGCUGGACGCUCCAAGAGUUUCUAGCACCCGCCGAUGUGCAAUUUAUUUCCAAAGAAUGGAAGUACCUAGGGAGUAAGGCAGGGAACCUGACGAGAGUCAUCGAAGAAUUCACUGGGAUUCCAAAAGCUGUACUGGAGGGAGUGGCACUGACUAUGUUCUCUGUCGCAGAGAGAAUGUCAUGGGCAGUCGGGCGCAGAACCACACGUGUCGAGGAUAUUGCGUACUCUCUGAUGGGCAUCUUUGAUGUAGAUAUUCCACCACUUUAUGGAGAGAAGGGAAACGCCUUUAUAAGACUACAAGAGGAGAUAAUGAGGCGAACUGAUGAUCAGUCCAUAUUUGCCUGGAAAGAACCUGACCCAUCCUUCCCCAAGAAAUUGAUGGUUGAUUAUCCUCGACAUCCUCCUCCUGCCUAUGGAAGUAGAGAGACGUGAUAUUGUUGAUGUACAUAAGUGUGGCGGCAUUUCAUCGCUAUAGGCGACAUAAGACGAAGAGAAGAUGGAAAUUAAGCGUUUUCGAUGCCCUAGAGGUGUACUUCGAAACUAAGAAUUUUGUCCACGCUGAAUGGUGAUUCCUAUCAAAAUGAAUGUUAAU